UGUGGCGGCGGAAGGCGCACAGAAGGAUGAGUUGAUGAGGAGGCAGUAAGCCAAGAAGUGGCGUGCACGUUGAAGAACCAAGUGGAUACCUAAAACAUUUGAGGUCGAGAGACAUUAGGGUGACAAGAAGAAAGGGAGCGUCAAAGAGUGAGGUGCGACAUGUUUGGAAUGCUCAAAAAUUCGCUUUUUGGAAACACGGAGGAGACAGAAUAUAAACUACUGAGCACAGAGACCAAGGAUGGCGUAAGCUUUGAGGUACGGCGUUACGACCCCGCUAAAUACGCCGUUGUUUCCUCGGAGGGACGCACUUAUGACCAGGUGACAGGCGAGCUGGUGAGGAAGCUGCUCAUGUAUAUCGGUGGAAGCAACGAACAAGGUGAAGCCAUGGGUACGGCAGCCCCAACCAUUAUCACCGUGUACCCUCGGAACGACGGCGUUCUGUCCCGUCGUCUGGUGGUUGCCAUCCGCAUCCCUACCGUCUACCAGCAAUGCCCCCCAACACCUACGGACACCACCGUUAAGGUUGAGGAGCGGCCCGGCAUGACCGUCUAUACACUGCAAUUUGGUGGAUUUGCAGGUGAGAGCGAGUUCCGAGCAGAGGCUUUGCGUUUGACACGCACCCUUGGCGAGACGGCGCCAUUCCAGCGCAAGCAAUACUUCUGUUGCAGUUACGACUCGCCAAUCAAGCCCUACGGACGGCGCAAUGAGGUGUGGUUUAUACAGGAGGAGCCGUAGAAACUCGCUCGCCCAUUCUGACCGCUUCACUGACACUCCAUUCAACUGAGGAAAACAGACGGUAAUGUCACUUCAGUAUUGUUCUUCUCUUUACACGAAAGGAAACAAGUGUAGUAUGUUUGUGAAUCAAAAGAUGUACUGUGACUUGUGUAUUUGUGUGCAUAGCAAAAGGGAAGACUAA